AUGGAUACAGGAGAAAAGGAAAUAAAUGUGUAUUCUUUACUUAGAAAAAAUUUUGAAGGCUCAAAAUUAAAUUUUAAGACAAAUAAUAAAAGUAAAAUAUAUAAUAAUAGAAUAGAUGUAUUAGAAAAUAAUUAUAUAACUUAUAAUUCUAAUUCAGACUUGUCGGAUGCUUGUAAUAAUAAUAGCGAAAUAUUAAAUGGCAAAAAUUGUAUAUUAAAAUUAAACAGAACUUUUGAGAAAUUAGAACUAAAAGAUGAAUGUAACACAGGUGAUAUUAAUAUACCCAUUAAAGUAGACUAUAAUGAUAUCGAAGAAUUACCAGUAGAAAAUUCUAAAAAUUCAAAUAUAGCUGAUGAUACGAAUAUGCAUUUACGUCAACUUCCUGAAUUAAAAGAUAAGAACAACCUAACAAAUUACAAUUUAUCAAAGGAAAUAAAUGGAAGUCUGAAGUAUAAUUAUCCAAAUGUGCAAAAUACGGAAUAUUCUGAUGUAAGUGACAGUAAGAGAACAAUAAAAUUGGAAGAUAAUGAUGAUAAUCUGAUUAAUGUGUCCAGUUGUGUAACUUAUGAAGAGGCGAAUAAUAGUAAUAAUAGAGGUAAUAACAAUAAUAAUAAUGCCGAUGUACUGGGGAACGAUAUAGAGUACACAGAAAGGAACAUCCAUUAUAAUUUUAUUAAUAAUAAUAGUAGCAGUAGCAGUAACAGUGACAACAACAAUAACAGAAAUAUGAAUAGUACUAGUAUGUGUAUGAGUAUUAGUAACAAUCACAGUAAUAAUCAUGUUUCCGUAAAUGAUGAAAAUAGGAAUAUAUCGUAUAAUUUAAGCAAUAACAUAGUAAUUGAAAAACAAAACGAUAACAUUUCUCAGUAUACAUGUAAUAGUAAACGUUUAGAUGAAAAGGAUAUAAUAAAAUAUGAAAUUAUGCGUUAUUAUAACAGAAGCGAAAUAAAUGAAAAUGUUUUGAAUAAUUAUAUAUUGAAUAUAGACAAUAGAAAGGAAGAUGUUAAGAAUAGCAAUUUAACGCCGGGUAAUAAUAAUCAGAAUUAUGACGUAAACAUAGAAGACGAUACUAUUAAUUAUGAAAUGGGAAAAAUAAAUGAGGUAAGCACCAAUAAAAUGGAUGUAAAUAAAUUUAGCAAUAUAAAAGAAUUAAGUGAACCAAAUAAAUUAAUUAAUAUAAAUGAAAAGAAAGACAUUAAUGAAAUAAAUAAUUUUAGUAAUGACAGUAAAGAGAACCACAUAAAUAUUUUGGGAAAACAUUUAGAAGAAAAACAUAUGAAUGAUUCCAUUUUAUUGGAUAUGAAUUACUUUAAUAAAACAGUGCUAUAUAACAAUGGUAAUGAAAGUGAGGUGGAUACAAAAAAUUCAAAUAACAUGGACAUUCAGAAUGAUAUUCAUAACAAUAGUGGCGUUAUUAUUGGCACUAACAUGAAUAACAGUAGCGGAAUGGAUAACAGUGUUGGCAUGCAUCUUAUAAACAGUAUGAACAGUGUAAACAACAUGGGCAGGGUGAACAAUUAUAAUAAAUUUGUUGAUUACACGGGAGGCUCAUAUUUCAAUAUAAUAGAAAGUAAAUCACGUAAUGAGGAUUUGUAUUCUUUAAAACGGAGCGAAUUAGGGAAUAAUGCAUUAUUUAGUAAAGAUAUAAAUAGAAGUAUAUUAUACCAAGAGAAGAUUAGCAAUGAAAAUGCUACUAAAGAGGACAAUUAUACAAAUGAAAUAAAAGGAUUUAGUCUUGUACACUUAGAAAAUAGGAACUAUAUUCCAAGUGACAGGAUUAAUAAUGAUAUUAAUAUUGAUAAUAAUGAUAGUAGGAACAAUAAUAAUGAUAGUAGGAACAAUAAUAAUGAUAGUAGGAACAAUAAUAAUGUUAGUGGUAAUAAUAAUAACGGUGUUAGUUAUAAUAAUAUUGAUAGUAGUGAUAAAAAUAAUAAUAAUGAUAGUAGUGAUAAUAAUAAUAAUAAUGUUAGUAGUGAUAAUAAUAAUAAUAAUAAUAAUAAUGAUAAUGAUAGUAGUAAUAAUAAUAAUGAUAAUGAUAGUAGUAAUAAUAAUAAUGAUAAUGAUAGUAGUAGUAAUAAUGAUACUAGUAUUAUUAAUAAUAGGAAUGUUAAUAUGAUGGAAAAGAUAAAAAAUUUAAGCAAAGCAUUAAAUAAAGAAAAUGUGUUCGUUCACACAAAUUAUAAUACACUUAUGAUUCCAAAAGGUGAACUAAAUGAGGAAAGCAUAAAUAGUAAUAAUAUAUAUGAAGAACAAGCAUUAGAGGAAAUAAAAAAUAGAUUAAAAGGUAAUUAUAUUUAUUCUUUGCAAAAUGUAAAAAAUAGUGAGAAUACAAGUAAUAAUAUAGAUAAUUUUUCAAAUGAAUCAUAUAAUAUAUCUUUGGAUUUAAAAAAUGUAAAUUUUGUAGAAAAUAAUAUGAUAGAAAAUUUGUGUGAUCCGAAUAAACCGUAUGAUAUUGCAAAUUAUUAUAACAAAAAUUUCGUACAUCGUGAAAAUGAAAAUGGUACUAAUAAACCUCCACCUAUAGCCAAUAUAAGUAAAUAUGAAGAAAAUAUAAAUAUUAAUACUAAUAAUAAUGCUAAUAGUAGUAGUAAUAGUAAUAGUAGUACUAAUAGUAACUGUAAUAGUAGUACUAAUAGUAACUGUAAUAGUAGUACUAAUAGUAACUGUAAUAGUAAGGGUUUGCGCAAUAAUGGGGAAUAUAAUAUGAUUAUGAAAAAAGAGAAUAAUAGUAAUGAUCAUUAUAGGAAUAGCAAAGCUAAUAAAAAGCGCUGUAUAUCAUCGAGAAUACAUUUACCGAAUAACAUGAAUAAAGAAAAGGGUGAUUAUAAGAAUAUUUUAAAUUUAAAGAAUAACAGGAAGAAGUGCAGUACUACUAAUAUAGAUGAGUAUGACACAGAAAUAGAAGAAAUGAAGCUAAAGAAAAAGGAAUUUAGAAAAAUGAUUCUAAAUAAUAAAUCAGAAUUUACUACUAUAAAUGAGAGUGAUGAAUUAUAUAAAACUGUUUUAUACUUUGAAAAAAAAAAUAAGAAAAUUUUAAAAAUGAGAAAAUCGUUAAGGCGAAAAAGAAAGCUUAAAAGAUUGAUAAACUCGGAAAAUGAUGAUCCUCAAACGUGCAUGGAGAAUAAUACUGCUACGGCUUCUACUUCCACUACUACUGCUUCUAGUAAUAAUAGUAAUAAUAAUAAUACUAAUAAGGCGAUCGUGAAAUAUGACCGAGUAAAAGUUGAAGAGAAGGAAAACUGGAAAAACAUUUCCUUGGAUAAAAGCGAAAAUACGGGAGUUCAAAAUUUUUUGAGUGAUGAUGCAUUUAUAUAUCAAGAAUGUUUCAAUAAUAUUGAUAGUAACCAAAGUGCAAAAGGAAUUAUUACGGAAAACAAGGACAUGCAUACAUCCAUUUCAACUAACAAAGAGGAAAACAACAACAGUAAUUCUUACAUUAACGUGAUAAAUAAUAAUGAUUUUAAUUCAUAUUGUGCUUAUAGCAAAAACAAUGAAAAAAAUGAAACACAUUAUACUCUUAAUUACUGCCCACAGUAUUUGAACAAUGAUGGUAUAUUAGAUGCAGAAAAAAAUAUAAAUUGCACAAUAAAUGUUACAAAAAAUGAAUAUAUAUCAAAUGAGUGGACAAGUAAUGAUGAUAGGUCAAAUAAUAAUUCAAAGGAAGAUUACAACCAUCAAGUGGAAAAUAGUAACAGUAAUAAUAAUAAUACUAGUACUGUAGGUAGCAUGUUUGGUAAUGGUUCGGGCAAAUGCACUAUGCCGUUAAAUAAAAAUACAGGAGGAAUAUAUAAUAUUAGUACAAUUAAUGAUAAUAAUUAUGCUAGUAAUAUUUAUUCUAGUAAUGUAGUUCCUAUAAAAAAUGAAAAAACUUACUCAGACCAAGGUGAAUGUACCACAGAUAGUUAUGCUUGUAAUCCUAGUAAACGUAUGAAUAGUGAAUCUUGUGCCGGUUAUAAUGAUACACUUAAAAAGAAUGAAUUUUCAUGCUCUCAAUUAAACAGUGGUAUGGAUAUAAGUAUGUUCGGUGUGAAAAAUGAAAACAGCAACGUUACUAAUACCAACAAUGAUAAUAAUAAUAUUAGCGCAGGUAGUGGCAGUAUAAGUGGAGUUAAUAAUGGCAUAACGGAGUCUUCCCGUUCACUUGAGGAAUUUGUUAGUCAUGAAUUGAGCGAGAAUUCUCAAGAAAAGACCAAAAUAAAAGAUGAAGUAAAUAAUGAACCCGCAGGAAAAAGAUUAAACUCAAGAAGAAAAUUAAGAGAUAGAAAAGAAAAAUGUAGAAAAGAUGAUGAUUAUAUAUAUGAUGAUGAAACAAUUAAUGAGGCAGUUAAAAAAGGAAGAAGUAAUAAAGGCAAAAAUAAAGGCAAUAAUACCUUGAAGAAAAAUAGGAAUAACGGUGAAAGUAGUAGGAUUAAUAAUAGCACUAGUAACAGUAAUAAUAAUUUUCAUGUGAACUACUGCAAUUCAGAUAUUAUGCAGAAAAAUGGUGAAGCGAUGGUAUUUCACCAUAAUGAUGAAGAGGAACUAAAUAGAGGAAACGAACUGGUGUCCGUUAAGCAAGAAAUGGCAGGAAGGUGGAUUAAUGAAAAUAAUGUAGACUUAAGUAGGACUACAUAUAAGCAUGAGCCAUUAUCUUAUGACUUGGAAAAUAAUGUAUCAAAUGGUACAAAUAAUGCUGCAGGAUUUAAUAAAAAGGAUGAUUUAGAAAAAGAAAAGAAUGUAAGUACGAGCGUAGCAGAGGCUAAUAAAAACGCUGUUACAGAGACUAGUACUGUGAGUAAUAGUGCUGUAGGAUAUAGUACUGUGGAUAGUGGUACUGUAAAAAGUAGUGCUUCAGACAAUAGCACAGUAGAAAAUACAAACGGUGGUAGUGCUAUAGAAGAGGGAAACAAUAAGUUAUUACAUGAUAAUUGUGCGGAAAAUCAACAUAAUAAAAGCGAUAAGGAUUUGAAACCAAAAAGGAAACAGAAGAGGAAUGUGAAAUUAUAUAAAGCCCAGAAAAAUAAAGGAGAAACAACACUGGAAAAAAAGUUACGAAUAAAAAUUUGCUUAGAAGAUUAUUAUAAAAGAAACAAAGAAAUAUAUAAUGGGAUUGAUACACUCUCACCUAUUGACGAUAUUAAUUUGCCAUCUAUUGAAGAUGAAACAUUUAAUGAUAAUUUAGCAAUUCUUUUUAAAAAAAAAAAAAAAAAUUUGAUAUGUUCUAGUUGCCUCUAUUCGUAUAAAAUACAAAUAAGUAAAAGACAUGAAUUUAUGGAUCUCAUAAAAGCAAGAAAUAAUGAUAUGGACACAUAUAAUGAAUUAAAAGAAAAGGAUAUGGAAGAAAAAUGUAAAGAGUUAACAAUAAUAACAAAGAAAAAAAAUAGCAGUAAGAGAUGUAAAAACAGAGCAGAGGAUAUAAGACAUGGAAAUUGUGUACCUCUUGAAUUGGAAGCAGGGACAUAUGUAUAUGAAAAAAUGAAAAGCGAAAAAUAUUUGGAUAUCAAUUUGUAUAAAGAAUUAGUGGAGAAAAAUGUGGUUGUAGAAAAUUAUUGCAAGAUAACAUUUUAUUGUUUAUGUGGUUAUUAUAAAUAUAUCAAAGAAGAUGAUGAAUGGAAACAAAUAAUAAAUUGUUAUUAUGAAGAAAAUGAAGAACAAAAACCAAAAGCACCUUAUGUAUUUUGUACCAAAUGUAAAGAAUUAUUGAUAACGAAUAGGUUUCUUGAUAAAGAUAAAACUAAAAUUAUAAUGAUAUGUGAUUGUGGAAGUAGAAAUUAUGAUCGAACGAAUUACUUUUGGUCAAGAAGAGGUAAUAUUAAACAAAGAAAAGCUCCUCAAAUAUUAUGUGAUGAAUGCCAUUCAAAAAUGUGGGUACAUACUUGGCUUGAUGAUAUUGGAUCAAAAGUUAAAUUAUUAUGUAAGUGUGGUUUUAAAAAUUAUUUAAAGAAAAACAAUAACUGGGUUAGAAGUCCAAGAUGGAAAAAACCUGUACCAUUAAUUAUUUGCAAUUCUUGUCAACAGAAAAUGUAUAUGAGUCAGUGGUUAAAUAAUGACGGCACAAAAGUUAAAAUGAAAUGUGAAUGUGGAUGGAAAACAUUAAUUAAAGAAGGAAAUACAUGGGUUAGGAGUGAAUGGUCCAAAAAAUUAUUAUGUCUUAGAUUAGUAAAAAAUCCAGAUUUAUUACAAAAGAAAUAUAAUAUUCAUGCACGUAAAAAGAUUAAAUCAGAAGAAGAAGAAGAAGAGGAAGAAGGGGAAGAAGAAGAAGAAGGGGAAGAAGAAGAAGAAUCAUUAUCCGAUAUAAACAGUCAACGAGGUGACAAUAGUAAUAAUAAAAAUGAUCCCCAAUCCUAUUCAGUGAGUGAAAUGAUAAUGAACCAUAACGAUACAAUUAUAAAAGAGCUAACUAAUAAUAAAGCGGAAGGCUGUAUAAAAGGCGAAAGCAAUUCAAGUGUCCGAAUGAAGCGUAAUGAUUCCAAAAUUGGUAAUGAAUUAAUUGACAGCAGUGUGCUAAGCCAGAAGAAACUUUUUAUGAACAGUAGUAAUAAUUACGGCAAUAACAAUAAUAAUAAUAAUUGCAAUAAUAACAAUAAUAAUAAUAAUUGCAAUAAUAAUGAGAAUAUUGGGAAUAAUAAUAAUAAUAACAAUAGUUCCAGCGCCAUUGAUACUAGAUCGAGUGAUAUGCUACUCCGUAUAGAAGCAGAAGAUGCAAGUGAUAUGAACAAAAAAAAUGUCUGUGAUGAAACAAUUUUCAACAAAUGUAAUAGCAACAGUAACAGUAACAGUAACAGUAAUAGUAACAGUAACAAUAAUGGCAAUAUUGAAAACUUAUGUAAUCAAGGUAUGGACAACUUAAAGCGAUUUUUGAAUUUUAAAAAUAAUGUUUUUGGAAGUAGUUCAACAAAAAAUGCGGAUUAUUAUAUCUGUAAUGCAGAAAAAGAGAGUGGUAUUCACAGUCCAUAUAAUAAUAUGAUAAAUAAUCGGAAGAAUAUGGUUACAAGAGCUGGACAUUAUGGAUCUAACGAAUAUAAACAAGAAAAUAAUAAAACAAACAUAGAACGAAACAUCCAUCCAUAUUGGGAUGAUAUAAAUUUUGAUAUAAUGUCGAAUGAUAACAAUCAGAAAAAGAAGCAGGCAGUAUUGGAAAAAAACAAAAGUAAUCAAAAGAAAAAUAAUAAUGUAUAUUCUAGCGAACAACUGAGUAAUCCAGAAAGUUUUGCAGUCGCUAAUGUUGCUGCUGGUGGCACCACCACAUCUUCUAGCUCAAUUGCAUAUACGUUAAUGUACGAGGACAGUGAACCAAGUAAUGGUCAAAGAUAUAAAACUCAUCAAACAGAUGAAGAAAUAUCAAAUGAUAAUAUUUUGGAUGAAAAUAGUGGUGUUAUUAUAGAUAGCAUAAAUAAUCGUCAGGGUAGUGUAAAUCGAAAUAUUGGAAAAUUAUCGCAAUAUCCUAUUAACAGAAGUGUAUCCUAUGAUUUUUAUAAUAUAAAAGAUAGUGCGAAUGGUGCAAAUAAAACAGGAAAACAACUAAGUAAAGCAUUUUAUAAUAAUUUUAAUUGCUAUGUUAAUAAUAAUUAUUGUGAUAAUAAUAUUGAAGAAAAUUAUUUUAACCAACCCGUUCUUUCGCAUAUUAAUGAAGAUAAUUACACAAAUGAUAGUAGUGCAAACGCAAACCUUUAUGAUGCAUAUAACAGUGUGGUAAAUAGUAGUAAUAGCAACAGAAUUGGAAAUAAUAAUGGCAGUAAUAAUGGAAGUAUUAUCGGAAGUGUUAUCGGAAGUAAUAAUGGCAGUAAUAACGAAAGUAAUAACGACAGUAUUAUCGGCAGUAAUAAUGGUAGUAUUAUGGGCAGUAAUAACGGUAGUAAUAUUAACACUUUUCAGCAUAUUAAUAGUAAUAAUAAUUAUGAAGUAAGUUACAAUAUGAGUACCAUAUCUGCGAAUUCUUUACCUGAUCAGUUCACUGAUAAUGAGGAUGAUGAUGCAUCUGUUUUAUCAUAUAAGUUGGGUUAUGAUAAGAAAAAAUUUCUACAGGAUUAUUUGAAGAAAUUAAAUAUUCACAUAAGUGAAUAUGAUAUAAAUACACUUGUAGAAAAUUUAAAUGAUGAUACGUUAUUUGAAACCUUUUUGGAAAAAUUAUCAAUUGAUAAAAACCAAAUGGGUAAGAAUAAAUUGGAUGAUAAUGCUGUGAAUGUAAGUGCGUAUUAUCAAAAUCAACUGUGUCUAAAUGAAAUAUAUGAUAAGAACAACUUAUGUUCAUAUGAAGAUUUUACAAGGGAUAUAUAUGCAAGUGAACUGUAUCAAAAUGAUUUGUAUAAAAAUGCAUUGUACCAAAAUGAUUUAUACGAAAACAGAUUUUAUGAUAACAUUGUUAAAAAUGCGUUUAAUAAAAAUAAUAAUUUUAUUGAAAAAAGCCCAGGAGAAAAUAACAUGAUCAAUGAUGAUAAUAUUAAAGUGAUUAUAGGAGAAAACAAGAUGGAUAAAAAUGAAUUAAAAAAUAAUAAUAUGAAUAUUAAUAAUGAAAAAAUAAAUGAAACUUUGAAUUCAACUCUUAUGGAGAAAAAUGAUGUGCCUACCUAUCCGAUUAAUAUUAAAAAAGAAAGGGAUAAAAGUUUUAUGAGCAAGGAUAUAAUGAAUAAAAGAUUAAUGGACAAUAUAAGCAGUAAUGAUUAUUUUAACAUGACCUACAAUUUUAUGGAUGACCUAAGUACAAAGGGAAAGUACCACAUGGAAAUGAACCGAAAUGUAGAUAAUUUAAAUGAAAAUAUAAAUUUGAAAAAUGUUGAUAAUUGCGAAAGUAUUGGUAUUAGCGGUGAUAAUAAAAUAUUUAGUAACAGCACUACUGCGGAAAAUAUAGGCGUAAAAAAAUUUGAGCAUAUUACAUAUAAAGAAGACAUAAAUAUGAAUAUCAGCAAUAAUAGCGGCAAUGUAAGUAAUAAUAGCGGUAAUGUAAGUAAUAAUAACUGCAUUACUGGUGACAAUAUUACAUGUUACGAGAACGAGAACUUGUUAAAUCUUUGUAAUUUUAAUGAUGAGUCUGAAUACUUUACAAACCAAUUUAAAAAUAUCAUCGAUCAUAUAUUAUCGGAUAAAUCAACUCCAAUUGAAAAAAAAACCUUUAAUAAUUAUGUAAAAACGAUUGCAAAUAAUUUUUGUAACAACCCAAAUAAGGAAGACCCUGUUUUAAAUGAAAAUCGAUGUUUCAAUAUCAACACAGGGAUAUGCGAAGAAGGGGAAAAUUAUUUAAAAGGAGAUAAUGAAAUAGAUGAUAGUAAGAAAAAUUAUAAGGAAUUAUUAUUAUCAUUUGCGGAAACUCAAAAUGACAACUCAGCAUGUAUAGAUAACAAUUUUUGUAAUGAUUAUAACACAUAUGAAAAUAUAUUAUGUAUACAAAAAAUGAAUGAAAAAGGAAAGAGUGAACUUUCGUCCUCCUUAUAUAAAUCACAAUUGAAUGAAAUUAGUCAAGACAAAAAUGAUUUAAAUGAAAUUAUUUCUGCAUAUAAUUUUAAUUCAGAUAGUGAAGAAAAAGUGUGUAUGCACGAAAGAAAAUAUAAAAUAAAUGAUUUUAUAACUGUAUGUACAUAUUGCCAUGAAUAUAUUAACUACAAUAUGGAUUGUAAUAUUAUAUCUGCCAACAAUUUAGACUGUAAUAAUGACUUAGUACAUAAAUCGAACAUUCAUGAAGAUAUUGUAAUUCAGAAUAACUACUUAAAGAAUUAUGAGGAUGCUGUUAGCGAAAAAAAAAUUAUGAAGGAAUAUUGCAGUGAUAAUAUAUACAGUCCGGUGAAAUAUGAGAAUAAAUAUGCUUUAAAUUUUUUAGACUCUCAAAUUAAGUGCAGUACUAAUUCGUCAAAAAGAAUUGGUAAAAAUGAUAUUGUUGGUAUUAACAGCAAUAACAGCAGCAACAGCAGUAGCAAUAACAGCAGCAAUAACAGCAGCAAUAGCAGUAGCAAUAACAGUAGCAAUACCAGUAGCAGUAGUGGUAUCUCUAACCAAUGGUUCAAUAAAAACAUACCAAUCGUUGAAAAUGUAGAACAUAAUCAAAUUUACAGUCAGUACUGCGAUUAUUAUAUGAAUAAUAAGAACAUUUUAGAUGAUGUGCAAAUAACGAAUAACUACUUAAACAACCCAUUUUUGCACGAUCAAAAUAAGUACACCCCUGUUGGUGAUAACUGUACGAAUAUCCACACAACGACAAGAAAAAGUGAAAAUUUUAUUUUUAACGAAGAUAAUAGCAAAAAUUACCUAGGAAGUACUACGAAUUAUAUCAAUGGAAUAAACAGCUCUAAUGAAGAAGAAUUACCAUAUAAAAAAGCUUCAUUUAAUGAAAAUAAUUUUAACAGUAAUAACCGUGAUGAUAAUUAUCAAGAAAACUACACGAACUAUAUAAAUCCAGAAUGCAAUAACAAUUCUUGUUAUAAUAUUAUACACACCUAA